AUGCAGACUGACGAUGAUUCGGAACUCCCGAACGUGGAGGACAUCUAUGAUUUGCUGACCUCAGACCUGGCAGAUGUGGAAGAUAGGCUUCGGAGGAAAUCCAGCAAUACUGCUUUGACUGCAAAGGAGGAGAAGCUGCACAACUUGGUCCGGGUGGAGCUAGGUGAGCGGCGCAGUGUGGAGGAGAUUGGCUUGGCACUGAUUGGUGGGCGCUUCGACCUGGCAAAUGUGCCAGGUCUGGACGGCAGAUCACGUCGAGCAUCACCCGUCCAGGAAGGUGCAGAGGUUUGGACUUUGCCAGAUGCGAAAUCUCCUUCAUCAUCAUCUUCCAGGUCGACUUUGUCGAUGAAGGUCGCGUCUCCACUGCCCGACGCAAGCCUUGAUUUACGUCAGCGGUUUCCACCGAGGUUGAGCAUGGCUGCCGCGCAGCAGGCAUCCCCAUCUCGGCCCUCGCAGGCAUUCAAGCCAACACCUGUCAACUUUGAUUUCGUGAUCGGCACAAGCUCGGUCAAAAAGAAGGCACCAAAGCGCAAACCGAAAGAGCAGAAAGAGCUCAAGGAAUGCAACGAUCCUCAGAGAAAGCGGUCGCCUUAG